CCGCCAUGUUGUCUAUUAGCAGCGGGAGUAGCAGCGCGUGCUCGCGCCACUCUGACAUUCCCCGGGAGCUUCCAGCACUGCCCGAGCCCCUCCCCUUCCCCAACCACGUCGUGGGACCCGUACUCCGCGUCAUUAACUGUGGGCUUGAGCACGGAGAGGGGCGUUUCGGCGGCGCUCGGCGCGGGGUGAUACGCGCGCUCGGACUGUGGUGAUGAUGGUGUAGUUCCACUGCGGGAUGCCUUUCGCCCAGCCGCGCGAUUGCGGGCACAAAAUGGAGGCGCGCAUCGUUAACGCUGAGGUAAAUGGACAUCAGAUGAUGGAUGAACCUAUGGAGGAGGGCGAGUCUCUCUCAUACUGCGAAACAAAUGUAUGGCCACCGUGGGGCAUGUCUCCCCAGGAAGAGGGUGUGUACAAAGAGAUCCCCAUCACUCACCAUGUGAAGGAGGGCUGUGAAAAGGCGGACCCCUCCCAGUUUGAGCUGCUCAAAGUGCUGGGCCAGGGCUCUUUUGGAAAGGUGUUCCUUGUUCGCAAGGUCAAAGGUCCAGAUGCUGGGCAGCUCUAUGCAAUGAAAGUACUGAAGAAAGCGUCCCUGAAAGUGAGGGACCGGGUUCGCACCAAGACGGAGCGGGAUAUCCUGGUGGAGGUGAACCAUCCCUUCAUUGUGAAGCUCCAUUAUGCCUUUCAGACAGAAGGGAAGCUCUACUUAAUCCUGGAUUUCCUCAAGGGUGGAGAUGUCUUUACUCGUUUGUCCAAAGAGGUUAUGUUUACAGAGGAGGAUGUGAAAUUCUACCUUGCAGAGCUGGCCCUUGCCUUGGACCACCUUCACAACCUAGGCAUUGUUUACAGAGACCUGAAGCCUGAAAACAUUUUGCUUGAUGAAGCUGGACAUAUCAAGUUAACAGACUUCGGGCUCAGUAAAGAAUCGGUGGACCAGGAUAAGAAAGCCUACUCUUUCUGUGGUACUGUGGAGUACAUGGCCCCUGAGGUGGUCAACAGAAGGGGACACACCCAGAGUGCUGACUGGUGGUCCUUGGGGGUGCUUAUGUUUGAGAUGCUCACAGGAACGCUGCCGUUUCAAGGCAAAGACCGGAACGAGACCAUGAACAUGAUCCUGAAGUACGUACCACUGUUUCUCCAGACUCAGCAGGUCCAAACAACAUGGAGCACACACUCGGCCAUUGUUUUUCCAAGGGCUAAGCUGGGGAUGCCGCAGUUCCUGAGCGUGGAAGCUCAGAGCCUCCUAAGACUGCUGUUCAAACGGAAUCCAGCUAAUCGCUUAGGAGCAGGCCCUGACGGUGUGGAGGAGAUCAAAAGACACACCUUCUUCUCCACCAUAGACUGGAAUAAACUGUACAGAAGAGAAGUUCAACCCCCAUUCAAACCGGCAUCAGGAAAAGCAGAUGAUACGUUCUGCUUUGACCCAGAAUUCACUGCAAAAACUCCUAAAGACUCCCCGGGUGUCCCGCCAAGUGCCAAUGCUCAUCAGCUCUUCAAAGGCUUCAGCUUUGUAGCACCUGCCCCGCUGGAUGAGAGCAAAGGCCCCCCUGCCAGCGUCCUUCCCACUGUCCAGCAGAUACAUGGCACUUCCUCCCAGUUCCUGGACACAUAUGAGCUCAAGGAGGACAUCGGCGUGGGCUCUUACUCUGUCUGCAAGCGUUGCGUCCACAGAGGCACUGGCACGGAGUUCGCUGUCAAGAUAAUAGACAAAAGCAAAAGAGACCCAUCAGAAGAGACAGAGAUCCUUAUGCGAUAUGGUCAGCAUCCAAACAUAAUCACUCUGAAAGAUGUGUACGACGAGGGUCGCUACGUGUACCUGGUGACGGAGCUGAUGAAGGGAGGUGAGCUGUUGGACAGGAUUCUUCGGCAGAAGUGCUUCUCAGAGCGUGAGGCUAGCGCCGUGCUCUACACCAUUGCCAAGACCGUGGACUACCUGCACUGCCAGGGGGUGGUGCACCGGGACCUGAAGCCAAGCAACAUCCUGUACAUGGACGACUCAGGGAACCCUGACUCCAUCCGCAUCUGUGAUUUUGGCUUCGCCAAGCAGCUGCGAGGGGGCAGUGGACUACUGCUCACACCCUGCUACACCGCCAACUUUGUGGCCCCUGAGGUGCUCAUGCGGCAGGGAUAUGAUGCAGCGUGUGACAUCUGGAGUUUGGGAGUGCUGCUCUACACCAUGUUGGCAGGCUAUACACCAUUUGCCAACGGCCCCACGGACACCCCCGAGGAAAUCCUCCAGCGCAUCGGCAGCGGCAAAUUCUCCCUUAGCGGGGGCAACUGGGAUUGUGUGUCUGACACGUCCAAGGACCUGCUGUCCCACAUGCUUCACGUGGAUCCCCAGCAGCGCUACUCUGCAGAGCAGGUGCUGAAGCACCCAUGGGUGGCCUGCCGUGACCAGCUGCCUCACCUCCAGCUCACGCGGCAUGAUGCGCUGCACCUGGUCAAGGGAGCAAUGGCUGCUACCUACUCGGCUCUGAACCACAAGCCAGGCAAGCCCAUCUUGGAACCCGUAGCUGCUUCCAGUUUGGCGCAGCGUCGGAGCAUGAAGAAGCUCACCUCCACCGACUUGUAGGGCACAUCGGACUCUGCCCCCUGCUGCUACAGCUUACAGCACCCGCCCCAAUUUAUUUAUUCUCACCUUUUAUCAUCCCCUCCCAGCACCUUUCGCACUGAUAUCAGGGAGGCUACCUGUAUAAUCAGGGCCUGAUGGAACUUUCAGUGAAUAAAUCCUGAUAAUAUAUACAUGUAUGUAUGUGGUACUGAUGGGACAAGUAUCCUCUGUGACGUAUAUUUAUUAAUUUUUGGCUGUAGAGACACACUGCACUGCACCGCCCCCUCCCCACUUACUGAGACUGGCCCACUGUGUGUUCCAGACAGUGACAUGCCGCUCUGUCCUUUAGCCCCUCCUUUCUGUGUCCAUAAAGGAGCAUCCCAACAUGAAAAGCUGCCCUCAGCAUGGCUACGAGUCAGGUAGUGAAGAGCAGCCCCAGCAUCUGAGAAGCAGCAAGAGUCUUGCAGUAGAAUUCCAGUGUGUGUUGUGGAUAUUGAGGAUGAGGGCUUGUGUGAGCUGACGUCUUGCAGCUGGGAAGUCUCUGCUAGACAUUGAACUACAGUUUCAUGCUUUUGGUGCCAGCUUUACGCAGGUCUUGUGAUUAUGUUUGUGUUCAGUGUUGGCCCCAGUUUUCUACUUUCAAAUCCCUAUCCUGUGGUUUUCUUUUUUUUUUUUUUUUUUUGUCCACAUUAUUUGCUUUCUUUCUUCCCUAUUUCAUUCAGUGCUUUAAUAUCAUUUGUCUUAAAUCUGAUUUUGGUCCAGUUUAAAAGAAUCGUGUACAACAUAUAUAUAAAUAUAAUGCUAGAGGAAAAAAAUAAACUUGCGCAAAUUUAGUGUUGUAGGUACACUGUUGCUUCCAAAGGGUGAAAGGUUAGUGAGUAGAGAUGAGACCCUGGAGACAACUUCCUGCAUCAACAUCAAAUCUCUUCACAGAUAUUGUGGAAACUGUAUCAUAUUGUAUUUAUUUAAUUUGAUUUUUACAAAUAUAUUUUUGUUCGGAGGUCUGUAUAUAUUGACAUUAAAGAUCAUUAUUAACAUGCA